AUGAACGGCAAAGAGCUAUCGAUCGGCGUGCGCGGGCACCCCAAGUACUUCGACAAGGAGGCGCUGACAAACACGUGCUUCGUGGACGACUCGUACUGGGAGAUCGACACUAACGAGAAAGGGCUGAGGGUCGUGCGCGUGGUGCUGAAGAAGUGUUCGCCCGUCCCGUGGGAGUUUCUCCUCAAGCGCGACGACGUGCCUCCGGACGUGACCUUCACGGACAGAUGCUUCUUCGACGUCACCGCGGACGGCGAGCCGCUCGGGCGCGUGACGUUCGGUCUCUACGGGAACACGACGCCGAAGACGUGCGAUAACUUUAAGCACCUGUGCCUCGGCGAUAAGGGCGCGACGGCGGACGGGAAGACGCCGCUGGCGUACAAGGGGUCGGGCUUCCACCGCGUCAUUCCGCAUUUCAUGUGCCAGGGCGGCGACUUCACCAACGGCGACGGCACCGGCGGCGAGUCCAUCUACGGCGAGAAGUUCGACGACGAAAACUUCAAGGUGAAACACACCAAGCCGGGUCUGUUGUCCAUGGCGAACGCGGGCCCUGGGACGAACGGCUCGCAGUUUUUCAUAACCACCUCGGAGACGCCGCAUCUCGACGGGAAACACGUCGUCUUCGGCGAGGUGAUCGAAGGGUACGAAGACGUCGUGAAGGCGAUGGAAAAGUUCGGCAGCGGGGGGGGGAAGACGAGCAAAACGCUCGUGAUCGCGGACUGCGGCGUGCUGUGA